UUCAGACUCAGUGCGGCAGAUCUGGUCUUGUGUCGGAAGGCGCAGCUGGAGAACAAUUUGCUAGCUGGCUUGCACUGGCAGCGCACUGGAUAAGGCUAUCACCUCAGCUCAGGUGUCUGUCAGCUUGGUUGGAUUGCAGCAGAGGUUCUGAUCUGUAGAUUCUUUUGAGUGGAUAGGAAAGAUGAAGCUCGAUGUCAAUGUGCUUCGGUACAUGACCAAGGAGGAAUUCCGAGUUCUCACUGCGGUAGAAAUGGGGCAAAAGAACCAUGAAAUUGUGCCAUCAGAGCUGGUGGACAGGAUUGCGGGGCUUAAGCGGGGGGGCGCUUUUAAGAACAUGCGCACGCUGCUGAGGCACAAGCUGGUGCACCACGAGUCGAAGCAGUAUGAUGGAUACCGUUUGACCAACCUGGGUUAUGACUACCUGGCCAUCAAGACCCUUGUGAACAGGGGUCUCAUCCAGGGGCUGGGAAGGCAGAUUGGAGUUGGCAAAGAGUCAGACAUAUUCGAGGUGGUGGGCGAGAACGGCGAGACGAUGGCGCUGAAGCUGCACCGGCUGGGGCGCACGUCGUUCCGCGCGGUCAAGAGCAAGCGCGACUACCUGCAGCACCGCCAGAACUACAGCUGGCUCUACCUCAGCCGCCUGGCCGCACUCAAGGAGUACGCCUUCAUGAAGGCCCUAGGCGAGAACGGGUUUCCGGUGCCGCGAGCCGUGGACUGGAACCGUCACUGCGUGCUCAUGAGCCUUGUGCCUGGAUACCCAAUGGUGCAAGUGAAGGAGAUCAACGACCACUCGCGCGCGUACUCCACCAUCAUGGGCCUCGUCGUGAAGCUGGCGGAGCACGGCCUCAUCCACUGCGACUUCAACGAGUUCAACCUGCUGAUUGACGACGAGGAGAACAUCACGAUGAUCGAUUUCCCCCAGAUGGUGUCCACGUCGCACAAGAACGCGCAAAUGUACUUCGAGCGCGACACCAACUGCAUCCGCAAGUUCUUUGGAAAGAGGUUCAACUGGGUGCCGGAGGAGCCCCCCGAGGGGCCCGGCGUGGAGUGGCCCCGCUUUGCUGACGUGGCAGUGGGCGGACGCAACCUGGACACGGAGCUGGCCGCCAGCGGGUUCACGAAAGAGAACCAGGAGCAGCUGGAGCAGGCGCAAGCGGAAGCGGAGCCGGCAGAGGAAGGAGAUGACGACGCGGCCACCAGUUCACAUGCUGACGGACUCUCGGAAGGGGAUCGAGACGGCGAGGCGUCAGCCUCAGAAGAAGCUUCAUCGUCUGGGAGCGACGAAACCGACUCCGGAGCAGAAGACGAGCGGAAAGUGGGCGAGAAGGGCCGGUACACGGCCGCGCUGCGGCGAGCGAAGCUGAAAGCGAGGGCACGUGAGAAGGAGGGACCGAGUCGGGCGGUUGGGGCUCCGACGGCGGUCAAAGAGGCGGAGGUUUCGGCGGAGGGUUACGGCGAAAACUCUCGGCAGGACGGGGAGGGUUUGGGCGCCAACGGGGCCGCGGCCGGGCCCCAGGGUUUGGGGAUCCCGGAGGUCGGGCGCGGCUUAGCGGGGUUACAAGUGGCGGGAGCGGACGAGAGGGCCGACGUCAGUGGACAGAGCGAAGCGGAAACGGAGAGCGGAAGCGAAGGCGAGGCGAGCGUCGCGCCGUCCACGGCAGGCGGCCUGGACAUGCAGACGCAGCGGCGGUUGAGCAAGCAGCGCAAGCGGGCAGCCGCCUCGGUGAAAGCGAGCGGGGGCAAAGGUAGCAGGACGAGGAACGCGAGUAAGGAUAAAGGGGGCAGGAGAACGGCACGCUGCGGAGCUGGAAUUGACAUGUAGGAGCGAAGCACAAUCAAAGGCGGGAUACUCAAGUGGAUCUUCGAAGUAAUGCUUCAAUCGAAGUUCCGCACGUCCUACAUGCCCACCCUUCGCUCGACUUUCUUGGAUGCCGGACUACAUGCAUCAAUGAGAGUGGAUCAGCA